GCUAGGGAGAAAGUUUAUAAAGCUUAUUUUUAAAAAUUAAAAUUAGCGAAGGUUUAAGCGCAUUGCUGUAAAUGCAUUUGCAUUCAGAACAAGGUUUUCAUUGUGAAAAACAUCCUUUCACUGAAAAAAUAAUGCAUAUUCAGCGGUAAAGUUGGCACUAGGUGAUGAUCUCACAAAGGUGUUAGAUUUGCUUGUCCUGCUCUGUAUUUAUAAAGCCCUUGAUAGAAAAAAAAAUGUUCAGACAGGGAGAAACAGUGAAGCGACGACUUAAUUUACAUACUGCUCCCCGGGUGAGAAGUGUAGAAGUUGCCAGAGGAAGAGCUGGGUAUGGAUUCACCCUUUCUGGUCAGGCCCCCUGUCUUCUGAAUUGUAUUUUGAAAGGAAGUCCUGCAGACUAUGUUGGCCUUAGAGCUGGAGAUCAGAUCCUGAGUGUCAAUGAAAUCAAUGUGUCGAAAGCAUUACAAGAAGAUGUUGUGAAGUUAAUUGGAAAGUGCACCGGGGUGUUGCACAUGGUAAUUGCAGAAAGCAGCAGUCACAUCGACUCCUGUUCUAGUGAUGAAGAACUCAGUUUCCAUGAAACAAAAAACUGGGUAAAGCCUAAGAUCGACUCCAAAACUUUGGGGAUAAACAGAGCUGAAAGAGUUGUGGCCGAAAUGCAGUCUGGAGGAAUUUUUAACAUGAUUUUUGAAAACUCAAGUCAUUCUUCUAGUAGCUCUGGGAAAUCUGCCCCAAAACCAAGGCCAUUGUCAGAACCUGACUUUAAUUGCAGACACAGACAUGAAAGUAUCAGGAGCAACCCAGACUUACUUUCCGAGGAAGAGAUGGCAAAAGUAUUGAACGAUGAUUCAGUAUUUGCUGACAUGUUUGAAAGUCAGGAUGAUUUUGGACUAGAUGCAAGUAUUCUAAAUGUAGGAAUGAUUGUCGGAUAUCUAGGUUCGAUUGAACUGGCUUCCACAAGUGCGAACCUAGAGAAUGACAGCUUGCAAGCAAUCCGCGGCUGCAUGAGACGCUUGCGGGCUGAGCAGAAGAUCCAUUCUCUGGUUAUGAUGAAGAUAAUGCAUGACUGCAUUCAGCUUUGCAAUGACAAAGGUGCUGUUAUUGCUGUUUACCCUGCUGAGAAGCUAGCAUUCAGCGCUGUAUGUCCUGAUGAUAGAAGGUUCUUUGGACUCGUCACUAUGCAAGUUACAGAUGACCAAAGUUUAGCAAAAGAGGUGGAAAGUGGACUUAGAACUUCAUGUCACGUCUUUAUGGUGGAUGCAGAACUCUGUCAUCAUAAAAUUCACCAGGGCAUAGCAAGGCGCUUUCGUUUUGAAUGCACGCCUGACCCAGACAUAAACGGUUGCUUGGAGUUUCCCCCAACUUCUCAGCCUGUCCUGCAGUUUGUCUCUGUGCUCUACCGCGAUAUGGGGGAGUCGAUAGAAGGGAUGCGGGCAAGAGCAUUUUUAGAUGGAGAUAACGAUGCCCAGCAGAAUAACAGUACCAGUAGCAACAGUGACAGUGGAAUUGGAAAUUUUCAGCAAGAGGAGAAAAACAACCGAGUUCUUUUAGUUGACUUAGGAAGUAACCCAAAUAGACAUGUCCCUAAUAGCCUGUGGGAAAACCCACAGGCACGGAAUUCAAACCAGGCCGUGUCUUCACACUGGAAUGGCUAUCGUUAUGACCAAGAAGGAGCAAAAUAUAAUUUAUCUGAGCUGUCUCAUCCUGUUGCCUCUCACAACCCUGGUAGGCAUCUAGGUCCCUCUGCUCGGCUCGAGGUCCCAGUCGCUUCAUCCAGACCUAAUUAUUCCCAGGUUAAAAAAGCGGGCUCAGUGGGCGCCGUCCAAUCUGGCAGUCAGCGUUGGCUUCCUGUCCAUGUUCUGCAAGAUUGGCAGCAAGGCAACAGCAGUGAUCAGGAGUCCUAUGCAGAAUCUACAGAUGGCUGGUCAAGUGCUAACUGCAGUACCCUGCCUCCUCCGAUGAGCAAAAUUCCAGCUGACAGGUACAGGGUUGCAGGGGAAAUCGUCCAGCCCUCGAAACUGAUUACUCAGAAAGAUGAGUGGGCCAAGAAGUUGUUUGGAGCAGAGAAAACAUUGGUAGCUCAGCAGAAUGGGAAAAGAAAUAAAGAAGAUGGAGAAAAAAAGAGCUCAAGGUUCCGUGGAAUCUCGAUGGGAUUUCCACAGCGGUCCUCUGGGAGACGAUCCUAUGGAAGAUCAAAGCGUUUUAGUCUUGCCCGAUCUUUGGAUGAUUUGGAGUCUGCUGCUGUCUCUGAUGGUGAGAUACAUGGUGUAGAUCGGAAGGGCUGUGGCAGUGAGCUCAGCCUGAACAGUGAUGCCAGUCUUCCAAGUGUACAGAGCUGUCGAAGACACACUGAGCGACGGGUGCCAAGCUGGGCUGUGUCCUUUGAACGACUACUGCAAGACCCUGUUGGUGUUAGAUACUUCUCGGAGUUUCUUAAGAAGGAGUUCAGUGAAGAAAACAUCUUGUUCUGGCAGGCCUGUGAAAUCUUCAGCCAUGUUCCUGAAAAGGACAAAAAACAGCUUUCACAGAGAGCCAGGGAGAUCUACAAUAGCUUUUUGUCCAGUAAGGCAACCACCCCGGUUAACAUUGACAGUCAGGCCCAACUUGCUGAUGAUAUUCUCAAUGCUCCUCGCCCAGAUAUGUUCAAAGUGCAGCAGCUUCAGAUCUUCAAUCUGAUGAAGUUUGACAGCUAUACCCGAUUUCUGAAGUCUCCACUCUACCAGGAAUGUAUGCUGGCAGAAGUGGAAGGUCGGCCUUUGCCUGACCCCUACCAGGUUCCCAGCAGCCCUGCUUCUAAGCACAGUGCCAACUCUGACCGAUCCAAUCUCUCCACGCCUAAAAAGUCAAGUAAAAAGUCAAAGUCUGGGAGGUCAUUAAAUGAAGACAAUGGGGAGGAUCCUGCUGAUAACAAAAAGAAAGGAACGUUUUUCUCAUGGUCUAGAAACAGGAGCUUUGGGAAGGGUACCAAGAAGAGAGACAAUGGAUUCCUCAAUGAUUGCUCAGAAAGCAACAGCCGGCGUGAAUCACAAGACUCUUUGUCUUCUGGUGCUAGCCUGGAACUGCUCACUUCCAACUCCAUAAACAAGAAUGAGUGUGAUGUUUCCCGAGUGCCCCUGCUGGUCCCUGAGAAGGAGAAGUCAUUAAAGCACUGUUAUAUAAAUCUUCCAGACGGCUCAACUUGUGCAUUGCCCCUCCGCCCAGGAGUCUCCAUUAGGGAGUUGCUGUUAGCCCUCUGUGCAAAGCUCUGCUUUAACCUGGCAGCAGUAGACCUCUUCUUAGUAGGUGGUGAAAAGCCUCUUGUAUUGGACCAAGACUGCAUGACUCUGAGUUCAAGAGAUUUAAGAUUAGAAAAACGCACUUUGUUCAGAUUGGACCUUGUACCUAUCAACCGCUCUGUUGGAUUAAAAGCUAAACCUACAAAACCAGUUACAGAAGUUCUGCGACCUGUUGUGGCCAAGUAUGGCUUACAUUUAAGCAACUUGGUUGCAAAAAUUAGUGGAGAGAAAGAACCUCUGGACCUUGGUUUACCCAUCUCAAGUCUAGAUGGACUGAGAGUUGUACUGGAUGUGGCCGAUCAGAGUACCGUGAAAGACAAACAACAAAGCUCUUCUGUAAUGCAAAGUCACGCGCCGCCCUUGAGUAAAAGAAGUUAUUCAACAGGAGAUGAAAAAACAGCUGGGAAAUCCUCUUCUGUGAAAGCCAGAGGGGAAAGUGGAAAAGCUACCAGGGAGGCACGGCCUUUGAGAAAAGAAGAAUCAGUUGAUAAACUGGACAAAAGAAAACAGAAAAAAAUUAAUAUAGAUGAAGCUGAAGAGUUCUUCGAACUCCUGUCCAAAGCUCAGAACAAACGAGCAAACGACCAGCGAGGUCUGCUGAAGAAAGAAGACCUGGUUCUGCCUGACUUCCUUCGCCUGAUACCUGAACCCACUUCAUCCACCCCCUCAUCCCAUCAACCAGGCUACAGGAGAGGCAAAGAAAAUGAAGGGAAAGACAUGGCCGGCGGUUCCCUAAAUAUAUCCCGCAAUUCAAGAGGACUAGACUCUACGUUGAACUAUAGUGAAGGCUGCAGCAACGCUAAAACACCGUCUUCCAGUCAAUGCAGGUCGGCUUUGUUGCCACCCAACAAUCAGAAAUCUGAGCGUAAAGAACACGCCCCCUUUGCUGCACCGCUUUCCCCCAUCCCCCAUGUGCAGGACACACGGCAACCGGAGACCAUACAGACAGUCAGUGAUGAGAAUGUGGCAGACUUGACUCUGGUUGGAGAGGGAGAUAUCACCAGCCCAAACAGCACAUUGUUGCCACAGUCACCCACAUCACCCUUUCAUGCAAGUAGUCGUUCAGAAGGCAACUUCUCCCCACCCACGCUGUGUGCUAACAGUGAGGAGCCCUAUGUUUUCAUCACAUCCAGCUCAGAGAACCGGCAAAGGGAAAUUAUGAAGACUCCGGUAAAUAUACAUAGUGGCUCAAUAACAAUGUCAAAAUCACUCAGAGGGAACCUACUUGUGAACAGAACCAUUGACGUGGACGCUGUCAAACUGGAGGAUGCCUUGCUGAAACCCAGCACCGAUCCAGAUUUAAACCUAAGCUUUGAAGAAUACGUUUCUGAACUGAGGUCCUGUCAGGGAAGGAUGAGAACUGGAGUGUACAAGACUUCUGACCUGCCGACUCUCAUCAGUGUAAAGAAUGACAAAAGCAAGGCUUCGGAGACCAAGUACACAGCCACGUUUGUCUAGACUUCAAAAGGUGCAAUAGAUCUGAAAUAGUGUGGUUUAUUGUGGCACUUUAGAAGACUGACAUACUGUUAACGUGACUGUACUUUGGGAGCGUUUUUAUUUUUUGUUUUUACUUAGAAUGUAUUUUGUAAAUACAACUUGUUAUUGCUGUGACUAAAUGUGUAAAUUGUAACACAGUUGGAUUAAAGGUGAGGUUUUUAUGUAAUAAGUGGAAUCAAUGUAAAGAUUUUUAAAGCAAACACUGACUGAAUGUUAGGGGAAACGCUGUUUUUACUAUAGGUAAUUUUAAAAAGAAUCUAUGAAACCAAGUGUCAUCUAUUUGUGAAAACUGAGCCUGAACCACACGUUUUUAAAGAGACAAUAUUCAUUUGUAACAGUAUGGUUAUUAUGUUAUGCUUUUUUGGCACUUUGGUUACUUGGGCUGAAAUAUUGGAAGACAGCCCUUCACACAGCCAUAUAGUGUAAUAGUAUGGUGAUUCACAAUCGCACAUAAAAAAAUAAUAAUUAAAAAAAAAAACAUUACGAAGAACAUAUCUUAUUCUUUUUGUUUCAGGUUUACAAAUGGACAGUCAUGGUGGACAGGAUCACGUGCAAUGUUGAUGCUUGGACUUGGACAAUGUUGAUGAUUUUGGCCUGUCUGGACAGUUAUCGUGGAAAGCCUCUGCUACACUACAAGCACUUUGACUUGCGAACAUAAACACUAAGUCCAUGUGUGUUCCUGUCCACCAAAACCAUCUACUUGUUACCUGACAGAGAGACAUUUUCUGUAAUAAUGUUUUCUUCCUAUUGUGCAUACAUUAUUAAUCACCCUGGAUACCAGAUAGCACACUGCAGAGCAAGUGACAACAAAAGCUGUCCAAACCUUUGGUUAAAGAAUUGUUAUGUAAUGUGUAUAACUACAUUUAAUAAUAUUCAUGUGUUCUACAAAACUCCAAGGGGAGAAUGCAUUAAUGUUUAUCUGCUGUGAUUGCUGUAUUGUUAUGAAGUUGUUAAUGAAAUCUAUUAA